GUAGUGUAAGAUGCUGAAUUGUAGAUCUUAUAGAUCUAUUAGAUCUAGCAAUUUAUCCAUAUCCCCUCCAAGCUCCAAGCUAAGGGUAUUUUCUGCGGAAUUCCACAGAGCCUGGGAUUAUGCUUACUCCAAACACGACAACUUCGAACGGUGCGGGAGUCGAAGAGCAUGUCGUCCCCAGUUGGCCGGAACCCAAUGACAAGGUCAUGGCCAAUGAGUCUCCAGUCAAUGGAAAUGAAGGUACCAAGCAUUUAUCUAAUGGUGUAAAAACCAAUGGAAAUCCUACCAACGGCGAAUCUCUUAACGAGUGGUUGAAGAAUGGCCACCAUACAAAUGGGCACAAUGUUGCCGACGUGCCUGUUUGUAGCAACACCGGAAGCGGCACUAUGCCCAUUGCGAUAUGUGGCAUGGCCCUUCGUCUCCCAGGUGGAUUGACGACGCCUCAGGAGUUAUGGGAAUUCCUACUUACCAAGGGCGACGCACGUUCCCGGGUGCCCCAGACUCGAUACAACCUAUCCGCCUUCUAUUCUCCUACUGGAAAACCAGGCACAGUUUUCACCGAGCAUGGAUACUUCUUGGAUGAGAGUGUGGAUUUAGGGGCGUUAGAUACAUCAUUCUUUACGAUGCCGCGGACAGAAGUUGAACGUGCAGAUCCCCAACAACGGUUAUUGCUGGAAGUCGCGAGAGAAUGCUUUGAGGACGCGGGCGUUACUAACUGGAGAGGGAAAACGAUAGGUUGCUAUGUAGGGAAUUUUGGCGAAGACUGGCUUGAGAUGUUCACCAAGGAAACUCAACAAUGGGGUCUGCACCGAGUAGUCGGCACUGGUGACUUCGUACUUUCGAACAGAAUCUCGUACGAAAUGGAUUUGCGUGGACCGAGCAUGACUAUUCGUACGGGGUGUUCGGCAGCCCUUGUGGGGUUGAAUGAAGCCUGCAUGGCUAUCUCUAGGGGUGAUUGCGAAGCUGCACUAAUUGGUGGCGUCAACCUCAUAUUAGCGCCGAACAUGACUACCGCCCUGACAGAACAAGGGGUCAUCUCCAAAGAUGGUUCCUGCAAGACCUUCUCAGCCGAGGCUAAUGGAUAUGCUCGUGGUGAAGCAGUCACUGCUAUUUACGUCAAGCCGUUGAGUGAUGCUAUUAGAGAUGGAAACCCAAUCCGAGCGGUCAUAAGAGCGACAUCACAUAACGUGGAUGGGAAGACUCCUGGAAUGUCGCACCCUAGUACCGACGCGCAAGAAGCAUUAAUGCGAAGAGCUUACGAAGUCGCUGGCAUAACGGACUUCUCACAGACAGCUAUGGUGGAAUGUCAUGGUACAGGCACGCCGGCCGGCGACCCCAUAGAGACUCAAGCUGUUGCUCGAGUAUUUGGGGAAUCUGGUGUUUACAUCGGAUCAUCGAAGCCAAAUCUAGGGCACUCAGAAGGCGCAUCAGGGCUCGUAGCAAUAAUUAAGAUGGUACUAGCCCUAGAAAACCGGACAAUACCACCUAAUAUUCGGUUUACAACACCUAAUCCAAAGAUUCCGUUCAAGGAAGCGAAGCUCACGGUUCCUCUGGAACCUACUCCGUGGCCAGCUUCUCGACUCGAACGUGUGAGCAUUAACUCCUUCGGUGUAGGUGGCGCAAAUGCCCAUGUGAUUCUAGACUCUGCUGCUACCUUCAACGCGUCUGCCACAACACAGAGCACGCCUACUACACCACAGUUACUACUAUAUUCCGCGAAUACCUCGAAAUCACUCACCAGGGCUAUUGAUAAUUAUAAGCAAUGGGUAGAAAAGCAUCCGGAUAAAGUUGCGGACUUAGCCUACACGUUGGCUCUACGGCGGGAGCACCUACAGCACCGAACAUUUGCCAUCGUCAACAAUGGGGUGGCCGAGAAUGCUGCACCACCUAUCAAAGCGGCCCUGAAGCCCAAUGUUGUGAUGGUUUUCACUGGUCAGGGCGCUCAGUGGCCGCUUAUGGGUAAGGAGUUAUUACAGUCUAACGAAACCUUUAAAUCCGCGAUAAAAAUGCUAGAUCAACAUAUAAGAGCUGUAACGGGUAACGCGCCUCCUUACUCUAUCGAAGAGGAGUUACUUAAACCGGCUAGGAAAAGUCGACUCAACACGGCAGAACUUUCUCAACCCCUCUGCACUGCUGUUCAAAUUGCUCUCGUCGACACGUUCAAGGCCUAUGGAAUUGCGCCAAGUGCUGUUGUUGGCCACUCAAGUGGUGAGAUCGCGGGGGCGUAUGCUGCUGGUGCCCUUACAGCCGCAGAGGCAAUCAUCGCCGCCCACCAUCGCGGUGCUGUAACAGCGAAGCAAAAGCGAGCGGGAGCUAUGGCAGCCAUAGGAAUGAGUUGGGAAGAGACCGAGAAACACUUAACUCCUAAUGUCACUAUUGCUUGUGAUAACUCGCCUAAAAGUGUCACAAUCUCAGGCGACAUGAAAGAAGUUAAGGCUGUAGUUGCGGUCAUCAAGAAGUCAAACCGAGAUGUAUUAGCCAGGUUGCUACAAGUUGAUAAGGCAUAUCAUUCAUAUCAUAUGGCGGAGAUUGGGGAAGACUAUCUCUCAUUGAUCGGACAACAGGUAAUCGGGAAUGAGCCUACGGUUCCUUUCUUCUCCAGUGUGACGGGCAAACUGCUGAACGGAGAACGCAAUCUGGGAUCAAAAUACUGGCGUGAUAACCUAGAAUCUCCUGUCCGAUUCAGAGAGGCCGUUAUUAGCCUAUUAAAACAUGAGGUCGGAAAGAACGCCGUUUUCCUCGAGGUCGGACCACAUUCAGCUCUCGCGGGCCCCCUAAGGCAAAUUUUCACUGAGGUCUCUUCACCCGCUCCAUACGUUGCGGCGAUGGCGCGCAAUCAAAAUUGCAUAUCUUCACUUUUAACCGCCAUCGGAAAACUUCAUUCACUUAACGUGCCGAUCGAUUUUGGUGCGGUAUUUCCAAGUGGGACGUGUCUUCCAGAUCUCCCUCGGUAUCCAUGGAAUCACGAAGAGAGCUACUGGUACGAACCUCGGCUAUGUAGGGAUUGGCGUCUGCGGAAGCAUCCGUAUCAUGACUUAUUGGGAGCUCGUUCCACCGAGAGCACCGAGAUCGAACCUGCUUGGCGCAAUAUGUUUCAUCUUUCUAAUGCGCCAUGGAUUCGUGACCACAAAGUUGGGGACGACGUGGUGUUUCCAUUUGCUGGCUAUAUCGCCAUAGCUGGAGAAGCUGUGAGGCAGAUUAGCGAAGUAAACGAAGGAUUCAGCAUUCGGAAUAUCUUGGUUAGUAUGGCUUUAGUCUUGGGUGAAGGCAAACCGACCGAGAUGAUCACUACUUUCCGCCCACAUCGAUUAACCAGUUCUCUGAAUAGUUCGUGGUGGGAGUUCACUGUCUCUUCCUUCAAUGGCCACAUAUGGACCAAACAUUGCACAGGCGAGAUAACAGCAAUAUCGACAAGCCUUAGACCGGCCGAAGCAAUUAAUGAGCUUCCCCGAAAAGUGAAUGCGCGAAAAUGGUAUGAAACUAUGCGGAAGUCUGGGUUGGAUCUUGGAGCGUCUUUUCAAUCGCUUGACGCCAUAGAAACAUCGACCAACUCCGAGAACCGAGCAACCGGAAGAGUGAUCAAUGGCCGACAGGGGGACGAGGCGAGUUAUCAUAUUCAUCCUACGGUUAUUGAUGGGACCCUGCAGAUUAUGAGCGCUGCUGCUGUGAAUGGCUACGCACGCAAAGUCAAGAAUUGGCUUCCGACAAGCAUUGACAAGCUUAGUAUCGUUCGGUGUGGUUCUGAUAUGAUAACAAGCGUGUCGGCGAAGGCGACAAGUAACCAUUCAAUUCUCGGAAGCGGAAGCUGUACUUCUGGAGAUCUUACAGUCCUCGAGGCCUCUGGCAUUCGCAUGACUCCUGCGGACGGCGCCCUUUCGAGUGAUGUGGCGGAUACUCACGCCGCAGCGCGAUACGAAUGGUGCCCUGACAUAGACUUCUUAGAUGUGAAGGAUUUGAUUCAACGACCAGUCGAUCGCGCGCCUCAUAUGGCUCUAGUAGAGGAGCUUGGUUGCCUUUGCUUAUUGUCUUCUCAACGAGCGCUCUCUAAACUAGGGGCUCACUUAGGUCACAUACAGAAAUAUGCGACGUGGAUUGCUUCACAGAAUCAGGCGGAAGAUUUAAUUGGAUUAGAUGACGAAUCUUUACAGGCCCAGAUUGAACGACUUGCAGCUUGUCUCUCUGGAACUCCUGCUGCCUGUGUCGCUAUCGUUCUUCUCCGGAUAUCGACGAAAAUCGAUCUCCUAGUGUCGGGUCAAGCAUUAUCAGAUAUUCUCUCGGAUGACGAGCUUACUGGACUAUAUGAAUUUAUUAAACAGGCAGAUAUAUCGGCGUUUAUCCAAUCCCUGGGCCACUCAAAGCCGAAUAUACAAGUACUUGAGGUCGGGACCGGAACAGGUUCGUUAGUAACUAAUGUUCUUCAGAAUCUUACUCGGUCUGACGGGCAAGUUCUUUGCUCGAAUUAUACCUUUACGUCUACCGGCUUUAUUUCUGGGAAGGACCAGGAAAAGCCUUUCCCUAACAUGGAGUACGCCACUUUAGAUAUCAGCAAGGAUCUCGAAGAGCAAGAAUUUGAAGGCCGCCAAUACGAUUUGGUCAUUGCAUCGAACGCCGUACACAUAACCAAGAACAUCCAAGAGAAUCUGAAGAAUAUCAAGAAGCUCCUUCGUCCUGACGGUCGGUUACUACUACAGGAAUUGUGUCCAUCUUCAAAAUGGAUUAAUUAUAUAUUCGGAUCUUCGCCUAACUGGUGGUACGGUAGCGCUGAUGGCAGGCCAAGUGAGCCUUACAUUGGUGUGAAGAGUUGGGAGUCCGAACUUCUGGCUGCAGGUUUCGGUCGAAUUGAUGGGAUAAUCUUGGACUCAGAUGAACCGCACCAAUUGACAGCGACUAUGGUUGCAAGGCCUUCCAAGUCCACGGAUGCUACGCAGAAAUGCGUGACAGUGCUAUGCGCAGAAGAUGAAAGUGGCACGAGCGAGAUCGUUAACCAUCUGGAGAAGAACGGAUACGAAAUUACGAAAUGUAAGGUAGGCGAUUCCCCGCCUCCUGGACAAGACGUUAUUUCUCUUCUUGAUGUAGCCGGACCGUAUUUCGAAGGGUUGGACUCUGCUCGUUUCGAAUCUUUCAGAAAGUUCCUUCGUGGCCUUCAGGAUGCCGGACUCUUAUGGAUCACGCCCCUUUGCCAGCUCGGAUGUGAAGACCCCAGAUACGCCCAAGUCCUUGGAUUAGCGAGGACGAUGCGCUCAGAGAUGCUAAUUGAUUUCGCAACUUGCGAAGUUGACAAUUUCAGUUCGGCAGCCGAUAAAAUAGUCCAAGUUUUGGCCAAAUUCCAGAGGCGUGAUGACGAUGAUGUCCUUAAGCCAGACUUCGAAUACGCGAUCCGUGAAGGGAAAAUACAGGUUGGAAGGCUAUAUCCAUUUGCCUUGAAGGAUCAACUAUUGGUAUCAGAAUCUAAUGACAAGGCCGUUCUCGAUGUUGGCACGCCAGGGCGCCUUAAAACAUUACACUGGGUGCGACAACCACGCCAAGAUAUCCGUAGCGACGAAGUAGAACUUGAAGUGCACUCCGCUGGGUUGAAUUUCCGGGAUAUCUUAGUCGCCAUGGGCAUAGUCGAGCUCCCUGAACGCCAAUUUGGGCUCGAGGCUGCUGGCAUCGUGACCCGUGUGGGAGCCGAUGUUAAGAAUAUCAAAGUCGGGGAUCGGGUCUGUUUCUUGAAGAAGCAUGCGUUUUCAACCUACCUCGUUAGCGAAGAAAUGUUCUGUGCGAAGAUUCCGGAUCGCUUAAGUUUCGACGAAGCUGCAUCCAUGCUCAUGCCCUAUGUUACCGCUAUCCACUCCUUGAUAAAUGUUGGGUGUCUUGAAAAAGGACAGUCCGUCCUAAUACAUAGCGCAUGUGGCGGAGUUGGGCUAGCUGCCAUCCAGAUAUCUCAGAUGCUGGGAGCAGAUAUCUAUGCGACCGUCGGUAAUGAUGAAAAGGUGCAGUUCUUGAUGGAUAACUAUCACUUACCAAGGAACAAGAUAUUCAACUCUCGAAAUGAUUCAUUCGUGGAAGGGAUUAUGCGCGAAACGCGGGGCGCUGGCGUUGAUCUAGUUCUCAACUCCCUUUCCGGCGAACUUCUACAUGCUACCUGGACCUGCGUUGCCGAAUUUGGUUCUAUGGUUGAAAUCGGAAAGAGAGAUCUGAUCGGCAACGGAAAACUUGACAUGAAUGCCUUCUUGGCUAAUCGUAGCUACUGUUGCGUUGAUAUCGACCAGCUCUGGAAGAAGCCGGCUUUGAUGACAAGACUUAUUCGAUCGACCAUGGAGUUUUAUGAAAAGGGGCUUACUACUUCUAUCCAACCCCUGAAGAUAUUCCCAGCGACCGAAGCCGCAGACGCAUUCCGAUACAUGCAAAAAGGACAGCAUAUUGGUAGAAUCGGUAUUUCUUUACGAAACUCAACAGAAGAUCGUGAUAUCCAUUUCGAGACCAUUUCGAGACCUAAGACUCUAGACUUCGAAAGCUCCGCAUCUUACCUUUUGGUUGGUGGACUUGGAGGCCUUGGGCGUGCAAUCUCUACAUGGAUGGUCGACCAUGGUGCUCGUGAAUUGAUUUACCUCUCACGAAGUGCCGGCGAAGGGCUAAGUGACGGAUUAUUCGUUACUGAGCUUAAAAGUAUGAAUUGUGAUGUUAAGCUUGUGAAAGGAGACGUCACGAAUCUCGACGAUGUCGCCAAGGCAAUAUCGUCAGCAACAUAUCCAUUGAAAGGCAUCAUUCAAUUGUCCAUGGUUCUUCGUGACCAAAAUUUCGAGGCUAUGACUUUCGAUGAGUGGAAUGUGGUAGUGGCGCCUAAAGUCCACGGAACUUGGAAUCUUCACAAUGCGACGAUGGCAGCAGGAGCUGAUCUUGAUUUCUUCGUCCUGUUCAGUUCGCUUUCAGGGAUCAUUGGACAACCGGGGCAAGCGAACUACGCCAGCGGAAAUACAUUCUUGGACGCCUUUGCGCAGUAUCGAAAUGUAUUGGGGCUUGCUGCCUCUGUUGUGGAUAUCGGGGCUGUUGAAGAGAUUGGGUUCAUUUCAUCGCAACAAGGGCUAAUGAACAAGAUGAAAUCUACUGGAUUUAAAGGUGUUACUGAACAAGAACUUCUUGACGCGAUGGCACUUGCCAUGGCUCCUCCAGAAUUUCGUAAAAUUUGGUCCAGCGGUUCUCAUUUUGUUGAUGACAAUACUUUCGUCCUUGGCCUCAGUUCGACAAUCCCGCUUAGCAGCUCCACCAAUCGAGCAAUUUGGAGGAGGGACCGCCGCAUGGCUGCGUAUCAUAACGCCUCGAGCGGGAGUGCAGACGCUGCCGCUUCUAACGAGAUUCUAAAGACUUUUCUCGCUAGUGUUAAAGCCGACCCGUCUCUUCUCAAAGCAGCAGAGUCUUCUAAAACGCUUGCUCUUGAAAUCGGAAAGAAGUUAUUCGAUCUACUACUCAAGCCACAGGAGGACUUGAACACUUCCCUGUCAUUGGUUGAUUUGGGCUUGGAUUCGCUAGUAGCAAUCGAGCUGCGCACCUGGUGGAAACAGGUUUUCGCCUUUGACAUUAGCGUCCUCGAGAUGCUGGGCAUGGGUUCACUAGAUGCCCUAGGCCAACAUGCAGUAGAAGGCUUAUUGAGGGUUUUAGUGGAAAAUGUUGAUCAAAAGGGUUCCGAAUGAGGCCUGAGAGUCCCCCCCUGAAGGAUGAACUAGGGGGCAACUUUGGAUAUCCUGGUGUCUUGUCUGUAUUAUUAGGUUCCUUUUGAAGAUAGGCUCUAUCAGCUGCCGUUUAUGAAGUGCUAUUUUCUCUCCGUCGCAGAGAAUUAUCAUAUGUCACAUCCCAAUCCUUCUCUAUCAGCGUGAAGUGGACUAAGUCAUCCUACCAGGAGAUUUUCGCGCUGCUUGGCGAUCUUGAACAUGUACCCAUAUCCACG